AUGGACAUGUGCAAGUCAUUGAGAGAUCCAGAAGGCAAAGCUCCAAGGAUAUGCUCUGAGGAGGUUGUCGUCAUUAUCUGGUACGGUGAAGUUGGACAGCAAAUAGCUAUUAGAGCUCAAUUAUUGGGGAUGAAAGUCCUGGUGUCGGGGAGAAAGGGAGCACCAAACAACGCACAUGCCGCACGCGUCCCAUUCGAGACUGUUCUGCGCAACUCUUCUGUUGUUUUCGUGACCUUCCCACGCGUCCGCGAAACAAUGAAACUGAUCUCCCAUACCGAGUUUGGUCUCGUGCCUCGUCACGCAAUUCUAAUCAAUAUCUCACGAGGAGGAAUAGUUGACGAGGGGGCUUUAAUAAUGGCUUUGAAGGCGAGGCAGAUUGCAGGGGCCGCGACUGAUGUCUUCCUGCAUGAACCCGCCAGCCUGGAAAAUAGUGUGCUACUAUGUACUGGAACUGAAGAUUUGAAUUUGGUAGUCACACCUCAUUCUGCGUGGUUCACAAAAAACACUCGUCUAAAUUUCAUGGCAUGCCUCCAGAAGAACAUUGUCAGCUGGGUGGAGCGUAAACCAUGCAACUUGGUUGUCUAA